AUGGGUAUUCCAAAGUUUUUCCGUUGGAUGAGCGAGCGAUAUCCGCUCUGUAGUCAGCUAAUUACGGAAAGUAGAAUUCCAGAAUUCGACAAUUUAUACCUCGAUAUGAACGGUAUCAUUCAUCAAUGCUCUCACCCAAAUGACGUGGAUGCACAUUAUCGAGUGGCACCGCGGGCCAAGAUGAAUCAGCAACGCUCCCGACGGUUUAGAACCGCUAAAGAAGCUGCAGAUGCCAUUGAAAAGGCUAAAGCAAAAGGGGAGGAGUUACCUAAGGAGCCACCGUUUGAUAGUAAUUGUAUUACGCCAGGCACGCUGUUUAUGAAAAAAUUGUCAAUUCAACUCGAAUACUUUGUACAUAAGAAAGUUUCAGAGGAUGCGAAUUGGCGUGACGUGGAAGUGAUAUUAUCAGGGCACGAAGUUCCCGGUGAGGGAGAGCACAAAAUCAUGGAAUACAUUCGAACGGCAAAGGCACAGCCCGAUUACAACCCGAACGUAAGGCACUGCUUGUAUGGGUUGGAUGCGGAUUUGAUUAUGCUUGGGCUAUUAAGCCAUGAUCCACACUUUGCCCUCCUUAGAGAGGAGGUCACUUUUGGUCCAAGAAAGAGAAAGAAAGGAGGAGUAGAAUCACAAAGCUUUUAUUUAAUGCACAUUUCUCUUCUGCGCGAGUACUUGGAUCUCGAGUUUUCAGCCUUACGAGACCUUCUUCCGUUUGAUUAUGAUUUCGAGAGAAUAAUCGACGACUUUGUCUUACUCGCGCUAUUCAUUGGAAAUGAUUUUGUACCACAUUUACCUAAAUUGCACAUUGCAGAAGGGGCAUUGGGUCUAAUGUUUAAAGUAUAUAAACGAAUUCUACCGGAAGCAGGCGGGUACAUUAAUGACGGCGGCACUUUAAAUAUGGAGAGAUUAGAACUUCUUUUUAAAGAAUUAUCGCAAUUCGAGCGAGAAGUUUUUGAGAAUGACCGCGAUGAUGCUAAGUGGUUCAAGGGAAAACGAAAACCUGUUCUAAGUGAAGCGGAUGUAGAGACAACAAAAAAAGACAACGGAUUUGAAAUGACACCGAAGCAGCGCGAAAUAUAUGAGCAAAUAAAAAAUUUUGUAACCUCCAAAGACCAAGAUGCUCUUCACUUCCCCCCCGAUUAUCCGGCAAGAGACAGAAAGUUUAUCCAAGAUCUAGCCGCUGAUUUGGGUAUUCGUCACGCCAUUGAAUACCACGAAGUGAAUAACGAAAAACAUGUAUACGUCGAAUUUAAUUCGGAUAGUGAAGACGAAGAUGACUCGCGGGAGGAAGUAUGGAAGAAAUAUGAAGAAGCAGAUAUUGUAGACGAGUCACAAAUAAAUAUCGAAGAAAUUGAGAAGCAGAAAUAUGAAGAGAGGUUUGACAAAUGGAAGAGGGACUAUUAUCUUACGAAGAUGGACCUGGAUUAUGAUGACAGUGAACAAAUGUACCAACUUGUUCGCUCGUAUAUAGAAGGAUUGCAGUGGGUACUUCACUACUAUUAUACUGGUGUUGCCUCGUGGGGAUGGUUUUUCCAUCUUCAGGAUCUGGACAGAUUCAAAGAUUUGAAGUUUGAUCUUGGUACACCAUUUAGACCAUUUGAGCAGCUAAUGGGAGUCCUACCCGAAGGCAGUAAAACGUUAUUACCGACAAUUAUCCAGGAUUUGAUGGUCAAUCCAAAUUCACCAAUUAUAGACUUUUAUCCGAAAGACUUUGAUACAGACAUGAACGGAAAGAAAGCGGAUUGGGAAGCUGUUGUUAAAAUUCCGUUCAUAGAUGAAAAGCGAUUAAUUAAAGCUUUGAAAGAGAAAGAACACUUACUGACCGACGAAGAAAAGGAAAGAAACAGUUUCAAGGAAAGUCUGAGAUUCGUCUUUGAUGAAAACGUGUCAGGGAAGUAUCCUUCGCCAACGCCAGGUCGAUUCCCAGAAAUAAAUAUUCGAUGUCGAGUCGAGACAUAUAACCUGCCUGUUGUCAAGAGCGUUGAAUUUGUUAAAGGACUUUGUAACGGAGUACAGCUUGGAGCUAAAGCCAUGGCCGGAUUUCCAUCUUUGGAGACUAUCCCUCAUAGUGGUGAAAUUAAGAAACACGGUGUUAAUGUCUUCAAUUCCGAGAGCAGAAACGAGACGAUUGUUAUCACUCUAUACAAUGUGUAUGAAAAUGUAGAAACUAAAGCAAUUGCCCAAGAAAAGGUUGGCAAGAGGAUAUUUGUUGGCUGGCCAUUUUUGCAAGAAGGUCUCGUGAAUGCUAUAUCAGAUUCAAAUUUCCGAUACGAGUUGUCUACUCAAGCAGACGGAACAACCGAAAUCAUUGAGAAAAAACAUAGACCAGAUGUUGCUGACCACUGGAAAAGGAGAGGGGCCAAGCUGGAACACGAAUAUAGCAAAAGAAGAGGGACUAUUAUUGGAAGUGUUAACGUAUUGGUUCAUGUGAGAAUGCUGAAAGGUCUGAAGCACAAGGAUGAUGGAUCUCUAGUUAAAGAAUAUUUGCCUCCAGAGCAAGAGACAGAGUACGCUAUGCAGACAGUGGUUGAGAAUGUCGAAUGCGAGGAUGCGAGGUACGCCGAACAGCCGGCUCUACUUAUCUCAGAAGAAUUUCCGCGGUUUACAGAAGUAUUCUUUUUGGGGAAUGUCAACUACGGAUGCCCUGCUUGUGUGGUAGGACACUCGAAGAAAUCGCUUGCGGUCCAAUUGGCUGCCACAGUUCGUUCUGGAGAUGAUCUUUUAUUUGGCUUGGAAGUAGCUAAUCAGUUUCGCCAACGAAUUCGAUAUCAUCAUUCGUACAACGUGGCGAAAAAAGUUGGCAUAGUUGGACUGGCACUGAGCAAGCUAACAUCAAGCUUGCAUGUGAUCGGUGAACAGCAUCAUCGUGUCAAUCUGGGUCUGAACUUGAAGUUUGAGGCGAAGAAGCAGAAGGUUCUGGGUUAUACACAGAAGGCAGCAGAGGGUGGAUGGGACUAUAGUGAUAAAGCAAUUGAAUUGGUAGCAGAAUACAAGAGAAAGUUUCCAGAAUUUAUUGCAGCCCUAGAAAGUAAACAAAAAGAUGAUAUUUAUCGUGCGGAAGAUUUCUAUCCUCGAGAGAUUGCAUCAGCGAAGAUACAGGAAAUUAAGUCAUGGUUGAACACAGUUGAAGUCAGCGACCUCGAAAGGGUAUCGCUUGAGGCGGAGCAGUUGGAUAAGGAGGCAAUAGCAGAGAUUGAAAAGCGUGCAGAACAGUUUGUAUGCCACGAAAAUGAUUUCAAGAAAGUUGUAGUCAAGAAUAUUCCACGACAGGCUUUGCUCAAACCAUCACAAGCCGCCAAUCGCCUGCAGGAUCAAGUAUUCCGUCUGGGUGAUCGAGUUGUGCAUGUGCAAGAUUCGGGAAGUGCACCUAUUGCAGCUAAGGGUAUUGUCAUUGGGAUUGAUUCUAAUAACAUCGAUGUUGUAUUUGAUGUUUCUUUCAUAAGCGGAACUACGCUAGGCGACAGAUGUUCGCCGUAUCGUGGUAUGACGGUGCUCAACUCUUCUUUGUUAAAUCUUUCAUAUCGUCAAUAUGGACCCAAGUAUGGACGACAAGCUGAUCAUCGGAAUCACGCAGGAGCAAAAUAUUCUGAUGUUGGAAGAGCUCAAUCCAAUAUGAACCAUUCGCGCGGCAAUAAUGCUAUACAUGGUCGUGGCAACAAUCAAGUAGCUACAGCCUCUCGUGCACGCGGAGCUGCAGCCGGUAGCAUGAACGGACGUGGAUCCGUCAACGGGCAUGCACAUUCAAAGUCUUCUGCCGACGGUGGAUUUGGUCGGUCCCGGCCAUAUGGUCAGCAAGGUAAUUUCAGAUAUGGGAAUGGACACGCUGGGCAUUUCCAUGAUCAAUUUGGCCAUCGCGGUGGAUAUGGGGGUUCACGUAGUAAUGUUCCAGGAUUUGUUCCGGGUGGGCGUGGUGCUUCUGGACACAACCAGAGGGGGAAUGGUCGAGGUGGAGCGUUCCCUAAUACUGCGUCACAUCGUGGUGGAAGGGGACGAAGUUGA